GAUUAACAAGUCGGAAUUCGUCACUGCAACCGUCCUUUUGUUACUUCUGUCUGUCGGGGUAAAAGAAUUCAUCGGACGUCGGAGUGUUAGAAACUUGGACAGAAAACACCAACAACAAUCUGAGAUCAUGAAGGCAACGUGCAUUCUAUGCGCCGUAGUGCUCGUUCUUCUUGUAGAUUUCUUUUCACAGACAAGCGCAGAAGAUUCGGGCGAGGAAGCAUCACCAGCGUGGCUAGCAGGAAACAGAAUGUUCCAUGGUCUUGAUCAAUUCCAAAGACAAUCACGAUGGGGAGGCAGACACAUCAGGCCUCAGGGACGCGUGCCCAGAGCAUAUGAUGGUGAUGACGAGGUUCAGGUAUUUCGGCGAUGGGGAGGUAGACGAGUACCAUACAGAGGUGGACAUAAGAGAGACUGGGAGAAGCAGAUACCAAACUCGGACAAAGCAAUGGACGGUCAGUACAAGCGGGCUGCGGAGAACGGGCAGGAAAUGCUGGAUGAUGUCUACCCAUACCUGAGGAACUAGUCAAACAGAAGAAGUCAUCGCGAAGUGGAAAUUCCUUGUAUAAAGAACAUGCCAAAAUCUGGUGUAUAAUAUAAGAAUCCAACAAGAUAUAAAACAGAUGCACGCCAUUGACUGGAAUGUCUUUUUAAUUAAUCAGGUGCACGGCUAAACUGGAGAUUUGUGACGCCUUUGUCGCACUUGUAUAUCAGUUAAUUAGUUUUGUACGCCUUCCCCUACUGCUGCCCCGCCCCUUCCCAGCACCACGACAGUUUUCCAAGCCGUGGCUUCGUUUUGCAGCUGCGGCGUCCGGAUAUUUUAGGCCCAUAAUUUUGGGGGACUCGUGUACAAUUCUGGUUCUGAAAUAUAUAAACUGUAGGCUGACGGGAUACAAUGAGUCUGAAGCAAGAGAUGGAACCGGAGCCGAAGCUGAAGACGAAGCCAAGAUUCGGAAAUGGCAUCAAACUCACCUAACACAAAACCUUUGUAAAGUCACUACGGUUUUGCUAAACGUUUAGACCUAAGAUCUACUGUUCGACACGUAUGCACCCCACCACACAACCUUUGUACAAUCAGUUACGGUUUUGCUAAACGUUUAGAUCUCAGAUGUACUGUUCGACACGUAUGCACUCCUUCCUAUUUAAAGCAUUACUCUAACUUCCCGCUGUGCCAGUACGAUAAACAUUCUGCCGAUUAUUUUUGUAUAGCUGUAGAUCGGACGAUUAUAUACAUGUAAAUGCCUAAUAAGUAUACGGAUUUGAAGCAGUGCUUUCCACAUAUAAUUUAGUUUGAACGGUAAACAUUGAGUGCAACUAUGUAUCACCUUUAACCAUUAUAUACAAAGCUUGUAGUUUACUUUUCGCAGUCACGAAUAAAUAAAACCUCGUAAUGUUGUUGGUUGUUCACUCGAUUGAAUUCGUUAAUUUCGAUUUUCACUAAAGAAAUAUGUUGAGAAGACGGUUUCCUUUAAAGAGCUAAAUGGGAGGAUUGACGACUAUAGAGGGUGCUUUUCUGACAUUUGCAUUUCUUAUUGUGUUCAAGAUUGCCUUGGAGGACGCCCUCAUUUAAAUCGUCCCCUAAACAGCGCUCGUUGUAGGGUCCAGACCAGUAAAUAGACUGCCAUAGACCUUAUUGGUAAUUACGCACACUUCACAGAAUUAUUUUAAAAUACUCACCACUAUCUGAGGUGUUCAAGACACGCAUCAAAUUAAAGCUUAUUUCAUCAUCUUUCAUGUUUAUAUUUUUUUAUUUUUUUUUUGGUUGGGGAUUCAAUGACUUUUGAGAGAAAUUUUCAUCCGAAGAUGAUCACCCCUAAAAACAGUCCUGAAGCCCAUCGCCAUGUUGAAAAGCGAUGCCUACACUCCGUUGCAAAAUAAAGCGCCUUGAGAGCACAAUUACAUCCCAAAUUUCACAGAAUUACAAGCUGACAGUCCUGAGUACGGCUUCAUUUUUUUUAUUUUUUUUUUACAAAACAUUGACUAAAAAAGCUCGUAUAUCAUAGAUUUUGACGGCAUGCAAAUCGUGAUGUUGACAGCAGAGGCAAUGUCGGGCCUACUUACUGGUCUGGACCCUCAAAGGCCACGUGUCAAGAGCGCCCUCAGUCUACUCCUUCUGCAAGGACGCCCGUUCUGCUUGACCGAAUCAGGGUAAAUGAAAUAAAUCAAUCUGGAACAUUACAAAUGUUCCAACAAGUAGCCUUUAGAAAAAAAUGGGUACUGUUGAAAGUCAAUUUGUAUUACUAAUGACAGAAAAAUGGGAAAACCUCUAUAUUGUUUAAUGAUAUAAAAUAAAAGACAUCCAAGUAUUUCAUUCUCUGCACUGAAUGUCUGCAAACAGUAAAUAUUAAAUGAAAGCUAGUUUUGGUUAGAAUUUAAAUCAAAGAAAACCCAAAUAAACCACGUGAAGUAGCA